AGCCUCUGUUUACAGAGGUGUUGAGUUAGGGCGCGGCUCGGGUUAUUCACCCCCGCCCGGGAGAGACUGUGCCGGGCUCUCAUCCACUCUCCCUCACCGGCUCCGGCGGGAUGAAGCUCUCGCUGCUCUGUGUUCUCGCUUCUCUCUGCACGCAUGGCUUGGCCGCGCCCGGCAACGAGACUAACGUGGCUCCGGGUGGCAAGGCGACGCAGUCCAGCAACGGGCGUUCGGCCGGUCGGGCCGUGGACGGGAAGACCGGGGACAAGGACUCGUGCGCGGUCACCGACUCUGACACGGACCCCUGGUGGAGCCUGGAUCUGCUGGAGAAACAUCAGGUCUGGUCGGUCAGAAUCACCAACACGGACGGAGAUCCCCGCGCGGACAUCGAUGGCGCAGAAAUCCGCAUCGGCGAUUCCUUCCACAACCACGGCAACGACAACCCCAGGUGCGCCACCGUCACCUCCAUCGGCCUGAACGAGGUGGAGAGCUUCGACUGCGGCGGCAUGCAAGGCCGCUUCAUCAACGUGGUGCGGCGAGGGAGGAGGAAGCGCCUCACUCUGUGCGAGGUGGAGGUGUUCGCUCAGCCGCUGUUCCUGAUUCGAGCUUGCUGAGUCCCUUACUCCAGUUCCCCCCACCCACCCCCGCCAGC